UUAAAGACCCAAAUCGGCCAAAUUGACAAACGUCAACAAAAGUUUCAUAAACUGUCAGUAUUCAGUUUUGACAUUUUGUAUAAUUUUUUCUAUUUCUAUUUUAUUUUAAUUAAAGACUGCAAUGCUCGAAAGAUCAAAAACCUUUCUAGGUUUAAUUGGAUUUCUUCUACUUAAGCUACAGGCUCUUAUGACAAUUUCCACUUUAAAUAUGUUAGGAUUUUCGGAAAUAAAUUUUUUGGCUAGUGAAUUAACACCCAGUGAAUGUUUUCAAUUGUAUAACAUGUCUCGAGGACGGCAUUUAAAGGUUGAAACCGAAGAUUUCUUACGAAGGAAAAGAUAUGAAGUUCCGUGUAUAAAUUUGCUUUCAACAUGGUUAACGGAUCCGGACGAAUAUAAUUUUAAUUUUGACAAUCUUACUUUAACACUCACGCAAAUUGGUAGAGAGGAUUUAGUUUUUGAGCUAGAUCGAAGAAAAGUGACUAUUUCCCCUGAAAAUAAGGAUUUGGAAACCGAACGAAAUUGUUGUGGAAAAACUGAAGAAAACGAGGAGGAAUAUUGCCUUUGUGCUGAUAAACUGAAAGAAACUUCGUUCGAAGAUUACUGUACGAAUAAAAAGAAAUCGUCAUAUUUCAAACAAAUGUUUUCAAAAUGUAAUGAGUAUUUCACUAAAAGGAGAGAGGAAAAAAAGGAAAAACUGCGUAACGAAAAGUUUCAGAAACUGAAAAAAAAAUUACAAAAAAUGUACUUGGAGAGACAAAAAGAUAUUCGAGUAAACCGACAGGAGGAAAGAAUUUUAAAUUCUUUGACGGAAAGGGAAAGAGACGAACUCGGAGAGAUACUUUGUCAAAUGAGAUUUUUUCUCAAUUCAGACAAGGAAACGGAAAGAUUACUUUUGUCUGGAAAACGUUCCGGAACAUUUAUAAUCGAUAUGAAAAAUCUCCAUCGACCAAAAAUUACUCAUUCGCAUUUAACAAAUCAAGAAAUAAGAAAAUUGAAAUCCAGAGAUUUCUCAGCCUCAUUGUCCGAUGAAAUGACCGAUUGUCCUGUGCAACGAAAAACAUGUUCAGAAUGUGAAAUUACGAAAAGAAAACCCGAAAAAAGAAACCAUCGAAAAUCAAGUAAUCAUCGAAGAGAGUAUGAAAAAUAUUCAAAACACAAGAGAAGAAAUAAAAAUUCAAAACUCAUUGAAUUGGAAGAAACCAGCGAAUUCAUUAAAUGCUACACAAUGUCCGAAUCAGAACAAUGUUCAUCGCCAACUAUGAAAAUUAAUAAUAGAUUUUACGAAUCAGAGCGAAAGACGAAUAUUUUUACAUCGGAGGAAAGUGAAAUGACAACGUUUCGUUCUGAAAAUUAUCAAAAUCCAUUGAAUAAUAAAAUUCAAUCAGAUGUAGAAAAUCAAAAAAAGAAAUCCGCAGAUGUUAUUAAAUCGAAAUCAAUGACUGAAUUGGAAUCAUUAAAAAUAAAUCAAGUCUCAGAAUUGAUUCCAGAAAAAGAAAAUCAAGGCGAUUUUAAAUUUCAUAGAACGGAAAAUUUAUCAAAAACGUUUAACUCUUGUCCAAUUGCAACAUGUGAUAAUAAAACGAAAAUACGUGACGUUUCAGAAAAAGGAAAACAAAAUCAAGGCGAUUAUUUUAAAAUUUAUGAACCAGUGGAAAUUAAGAAUUUAUCGAAAACAGAUUUCUGUUGGCCACCUGCGACAUGUAAUAGUAAGAUAAAUUUGGAGAAAUCAAACGAAAAUUUAGCAUUUUUUGAAAAUUUAGAACGUGGUGACACUGAAUCGCAAUUGGAUUUUCGUAAGACUUGUGAUGAAUUAAGUUUACUUGUUUCACAACAAAUGAAACAACAAUCGUAUCCUUGUGAAAGAAAAUAUUGUCUCUUGAGAAGGCACUUAAAACAUCGAAUACACGAUUUGAAACAAUGUCAAUUUAAAGAAAAUUUCCAUCAAUAUUAUUCAAAUAAUGAUGCACCAUCGUGUGGAGUUGGAAGAAUUUGUCGCGACACUUACGAUGAAUUUAAAUUGAUGAAAGCAAUGCCGCACGAAAGGAAAGAAAUUAAAAAAUCCAUUUUCAAAAGAAGAAAAGAAUUUCUAGACCAACCUUGUGUUUCGCCAAAGAAAAAAUGCUUCAAUUACUCUUCAAUUGGAACAAUGUGA